AUGAGUUUCGGUGGCGGACACCAUCACCACAACAUCACGUCGGAAGUGCUGCGACUGACGACGUCGUUGGCCGAGAGCACGACAUCACUGUCCUCGUCGUCGGCGCAGAGGGACUACUCGCUGGCGGCGCGUUCGCUGACGGGUGGGGGAGGCGGUGGACCGUCCGGUGCCAUAUCGGACAUGAAGGCUAUGGAGCACCAGACCCUGAAAGUCCCGUAUGAGAUACUCAACAAGAAGUUCAGGUCAGCCCAGAAGAACAUCGACCGCGAGAUAUCUCACGUCCAGAAUUCGGUGAACGACUUGGAGAGGGCGGUGCAGACGCGAGGGGCAGAGCGGUCGGUGGUGGCGGAGGGCGAGGGCGGGUCGUCGCCGGGCGUCACCAUCAACGCCAUCAACGAGCUGUUGGACGGAGUGGUCGGCAAACUCUCGGUACUGAAGCGCAAGUCCAACGAGUCGUUGGCCGACGAGUUGGAAGCGGCCAACGUCUGCAAGAAACGGUUGGAACACCUGAAGGACUACUGCGUGAAGAGUGGCGGCGCCGCCGGGAGUGUCACCAAUGAGGCGGCCGUCGCCCAGUGGAAGAAGAAACGUCUGGACCGUAUGCUUGUGGACCACUUCCUCCGCAGCGGGUACUACGACUCGGCCAUCAAUCUGGCGCUGCGGUCGCAGAUCGAGUCGCUCACAAACAUCGACCUCUUUCUGGUGUCCCGUCAGGUGGAGGACUCGUUGAGAGCGCGCGAGACCUACCGGUGCCUGAGUUGGUGUCACGACAACAAGUCGAAGCUCCGGAAGAUCAAGUCGUCGCUGGAGAUGGCGUUACGGCAACAGGAGUUCAUCGAAUUGGUGCGAAAGGACCGGCGCCUGGAGGCCGUCCGACACGCGCGCAAACACUUCAACAACGCGGACGACGGCCAGCAGUCGUCGUCGAGCGGCGGCCACAACGCGGACCUCCAGCGAGUGAUGGGUCUGUUGGCCUUCCCGGCGGACACACCCGUCGAGCCCUACCGCUCGCUGUUCGACGAGAGCCGUUGGGACGAACUCGUGGAGCAGUUCCGGACCGACAACUUCCGUCUCUAUCAGCUGUCGUCGUCGUCCGUGUUUUCGGUGGCCCUUCAGGCGGGCCUCUCGUCCCUCAAGACUCCGCACUGCUAUAAGAAGGACGGCGAGCGCAACGGCGACUGUCCCGUGUGUUCGCAGCUCCUCAACAAACUGGCCGCUCAUCUGCCGUGCGCUCACUGCUCGCAGUCGCGGCUCGUGUGCUACAUAUCCGGCCAACCGCUCAAUGAGCACAACCAGCCCCUCGUUCUGCCCAAUGGCUACGUCUAUGGCGAGCAGAGUCUGCGAGCGAUGGCCGCCCAGAAUGGCGGACGAGUCACGUGUCCGCGCACUCGGGAAGUGUUCGACGUGAAAGAGGCCGACAAAGUGUUUGUCAUGUAA